AUGGCGCCCUCGUCAUCACCGCUGGCCAGACGCCUCGUCGUACUCUACGCAUCGCAAACUGGCAACGCCAUCGACGUUGCUGAACGUGUAGGCCGAGAGGCUGAGCGCGGAGGCUGCCCAGCUGUCGACGUCCUCUCCAUGGAUAGAUUCAAUCCCAGUUACUUGCCAGGUGAAACGUAUGCGGUCUUCAUUGUGUCCACCAUGGGGCAAGGCGAUCCCCCAGAUCCCAUGAAGGAUUUUUGGAAAUACCUUCGCAAAAAGCAUCUGGGUGCACAGUGGCUGGAAGGGUUACAUUAUGCUGUGUUUGGGCUCGGCGAUUCAAGCUAUGCGAAGUACAAUUUUCCUGCAAUAAUGCUCGAUCAAAGGCUUUUUGAUCUUGGUGCAGAUCGAAUCAUACAAAAAGGCUUGGGAAAUGAUCAAGAUAAUUCAGGAUAUGAAGGAGCUCUGGAUCCAUGGUUGCAGUCUUUGUGGAAAUCUCUGAAUCAAAAAAAUUCGCCACUGUUACCAAGAAUAUCUGAUGCCACUCAUCCUAAUUUAAAUACUUUGGGGGAUGCAAUGGUUGAAGUCAUCUAUUACUCUGCUCCAGAAGAUGCUGCCAUUUCAGACCCCAAAAUGUUAAUUGAGAGAUCACGCUCAAUGUCUCCUGCUCUAAAGUGCCAUAAUGAAGGAGAACCACAAUUCAUGUUACAAAUGGUAACAAAUCAAUGUUUGACCAAGGGAAAUUCUGACAGAGAUGUCCGCCACUUUGAAUUGGAAGAUCGAUGUUCUCCCAUCAGUUAUCAAGUUGGCGAUGUCCUAGAAAUACUACCAAGUCAGAAUCCGUCAGCUAUUGAUAAUUUCAUUAAACGCUGUAAGUUGGAUCCAGAAUGUUACAUAAUGAUUCAAGCAAAGGGUGGGAACAAACUUUCCAAAGGUUCACCUAUGAACAGUUUUAUGGAUCCCGUCAAGCUAAAGACCUUUGUUGCUUUAACAAUGGAUGUUACAUCAGCUUCCCCUCGGCGAUAUUUCUUUGAGGUCAUGAGCUAUUUUGCUACAAAUGAAAAUGAAAAGGAAAAACUCCAGUAUUUUACUUCUCCUGAAGGAAGAAACGACAUGUACUCGUACAAUCAGAAGGAGAACCGGACUGUUCUGGAAGUGUUGCAGGAGUUUCCCUCGGUGCACAUGCCUUUUGAGUGGUUGGUACAACUAACGCCUCCACUGAAGAAAAGAGCCUUCUCCAUAUCGUCAUCCCCAUUAGUCCAUCCAAACCAGAUACACUUGACUGUUAGUAUUGUAUCGUGGCAUACUCCUUUGAAGAGGACACGGCAGGGUCUCUGCUCUACAUGGCUAGCAGGGCUCUGUCCAGAUGAAGAGAACAUUAUACCAUGCUGGAUACAACGAGGAUCCCUGCCUCCUCCACGGCCAUCGAUUCCUCUCGUGCUUAUUGGACCAGGAACAGGAUGUGCACCGUUCCGCGCAUUCGUGGAGGAAAGGGCUGCACAGAGUGUGGCAGAACCAACUGCUCCUGUUCUAUUCUUCUUUGGCUGUAGAAAUCAGGACAGUGAUUUUCUGUACAAGGAAUUCUGGUUAAGUCAUGCACAGGAGCAGGGGGUGCUGUCCCUUAAAAAGGGUGGUGGUUUCUUUGCUGCUUUUUCUAGGGAUCAACCUCAAAAGGUCUAUGUACAAGACAAGAUAAGAGAGCAGGCCGGGAGGGUGUUGAACAUCUUGUGCUCCGAGGAGGCCAUGAUAUACGUUGCUGGGUCUUCUACCAGAAUGCCCGCUGAUGUUUCAGCUGCAUUGGAACAAGUUGUUUGCCAGCAGGGUGGUUUUCCAAAAAAACAUGUUGAGGGAUGGCUGACGAAGCUGAAAAUGGGUGGUAGGUUUAUCAUCGAGACCUGGUCAUAAUUUGGAUGUAUGUUGAACAUG